CGUAGUUAGACACCAUGAAAGGUGCAGACAGAAAGCAUUCUUGAUGGUAUCCCUCAUUGCCCCGUCCUCGUGUUCCUAACUACGUCAUACUGUCGUGACACGGAAUGCCUUUGGUGGGAGACCCCCAGUUUGUGAAAGUCUUCCCGCACUGCACACGCCCUGCAUUCCUACCUUUGCGCCAGGUUUCUUCGUUGUGGCUUUUUUUUGCCAAAUGACAGCAGCUUUCUCUUUCGAUCUAUCGAAGUUGCCUGUGUUCGAGAAUGGAUCCGGAGUUCGUGACUUACCUCUUCUGCCCGCUGUGCCAGGAGCUGCUCACCGAGCCCGUCUCCAUUCCAUGCGGACGCACGUUCUGCGAAGGCUGCCUCAGACAGCUGUGGGAUGACAGCGAACGCAAAAACGAAAACUUCAGCUGUCCCACCUGCAAAGAUGUUUACAACCCCCGGCCGCACGUGUAUAAGAACGGCAUUGCCACGGAGGCGAUCAAGUACUUGAAGAAGCGGCGCCUGAGCCGCCCGGGGGAGAAGCUGGCUGGCCCCGAAGACGUGGCGUGCGAUGUGUGCAGCGUCGUGAAGCGCAGAGCCGUCAGUUCGUGCCUCACCUGCCUGGCCUCGUACUGCGAGACGCAUAUCAAGCCGCACAGGACCGCCGAGGCUCUGCGGAGGCACGUGCUGGACAAACCGACCGCCAACCUGCCGUGGAAGCCGUGCGCGGAGCACUGCAGGCCGCUGGAGUUGUUCUGCCGGACCGACAGCAAGUUCAUCUGCGCCGUGUGCUUGGUGCGCGGGCAUCAGGGGCACAGCGUGGAGAUGGCGGACGAGCAGGAUUCCCAAGGCGGCUCAAACCAGCACCCUGAUCAGAAGUCGCAGGAGACACACAAUCUGUAUAACCAAGAGGGCUCUCAAGAUUCAACAAAACCACAGAUCAAGGCUUUGCUGGAGCGGUUUACAGAAGAGGUCUUUGUAAAGAUGCAGUGGAACAAAAAGUUACCUAAAUCGACAAACGAGCCUUGGAAUCGUUCAUAUAGAAGUGAUUCUGUUUCUGUUACAAAUCCAGAGUUUGAUGAAACAGAUGAUCAGCUGGGAGGUGCAGAUAUACAAAGCAACUCCGAGCUGAGGGUGGUCUUACUUGGACGAUGUGGUGUUGGAAAGAGUGCCGCUGGAAACACCAUUCUGGAAACUGACAUAUCUUACCCAGCACCCUUCUCCUUUUUCUACUCCCUCAUUCGUAAGCAGGAUCCGCCAUUCCGAUCUGAAAUCAGCAGCCAGUCAAUCACUCUGUGCUGCGAGAAAAAAAAUGCAAAGAUAAGAGGGCAGCGUGUCGUCGUUGUUGACACUCCUGGAUUCUUUAAUACUCGCCUCUCUCUCGAGGAUGUCAAACAGCAGGUCAGAAGUAGCAUUGAGCUGGUCUUCCCAGGGCCCCACGUUUUUCUGCUAGUAGUGCAGCUGGGGUGUUUAACCACCGAAGACAAAGAAACGGUAAAGAUAAUUGAAGACCUUUUUGGCAAGGAGAUCCUGGGAUAUACCAUAGUCAUUUUUACUCAUGGAGACCGUCUGAAGGGCAAAAAGAUUGAAGACUUUCUUCAGGAGGCUGAUGAAAAUCUCUUGGAGCUACUUCAAAAGUGUGGCAACAGAUAUUUUGUGGUUAAUGAAGCUGAAGCAAAAGGUGUUGGAGAGACCAAGAAGCUCUAUGAAAUAAUCGAUCAAAUGGUGAUUGAGAAUGGUGGACCCUUCUACUUGAAGGAUGACAUUCAGGAGACCACCAAUGACUUCAAAAUAGGUACUGAAGAUGCCUGGAAAAGGAACAGCAAGAGGGAACCUCCUAUAUUUCUAGUCGAGAGUCCUGCUGAAAUUCCAGUUGCCACCAGUUAAUGAUCUUCUCUCCUUUGUGAUCUGCUUUUUUGGCCUACACUCUUCAACACUGUCGCAGUUUUGCCUGAAUAUGCUGCUCUUGGACUUUGAAAACUCAUCAUACCGUCAAAGCAGGAAACUGAAUGAAGCCCUUGGCUUCCCUCAUGACCCUCGGUGCAAAUUAAGUGGAUUUUAAAAUGGAUGGAUAGAUUUAUGUGAAUCUGUCAUGCUUCAGGUGAAAUUUUUCUUUGGGCAAUGGAAAAAUCGCCUUGUGGGCAUCACGGUAAUGGCUCUGCUACCUGGAUAUACUUUGGAAUGCUGGCCCACUCGUUACCCUUGUGGAUGCCCACUGUGUCUGUGGGGUUUCUUUUGGGGUGCUCCUUUUUUUACCUUCCAUAUCUCAAAUGUGCAGAUUAGUUUAGCUGUGAUCUCAGAAGUGGCCCAGCAAGCGUGAGUGUCAGCGUGUGAGUGACUGUGCCUGACAGACGGCCGUCCCAUUUAGGGUUGCUUUCUGCCUUAUGCACAAUGCUGCUGAAAUGGGUUCUGGCCACUGUGACUUUGAACUGGAUUGAGCUGGUUUGAUAAAGAACGGCCAGAUGGAUGGCAAAUCACACUAUUUAGGUUGACAGGAUCAAAAUGGUCAAAUCUAGCUUCCCCUUGUGCCAAAAUGCAGCAGCUGUCUGUCUGUCAUUCCUGCAUGACUCCAUAAGCAGCACUAAUAAUCAGUAGGCGGUGUGUCACUCUGUAUCUAGUAGGCUUUGAGCUCAUAUAUUUAAAAACCUACUUAGGAAAUAUUCUUUUAUAUACAAUAUCAUUUUAAUUUGUACUUAUUACAGUAUGCUCCAUUGCUUACUUUUUCCAAAUUAUGCUGGAUCAGUCAGUAAGUAGAAUAGUUUUGGGCUUUGCCAAGAGAAACCCUGAGAAGGUUCUUUAUUGUGGGAGAUUAGGGGUUUUGUCCCGCUUCCUCUUAUUUUUCAUAAUUAAACAGUGAUUGGUUUACUGUAUCAUAACUUUAUUAUUAAAAGUUACCAAAAGUGACCACACACUGGACAUGCCGGAGCAGCGCAAACCACUGACCUGCUCACCCCUGCGACAUUUUAAAUUGCUGCUCUCCUUAAUCUUUCAGCCUCCAAACUUCUGCACAAUAAUAGCACUUGCAGAAGAGAAUGGCUGAAACGUAGGGAGUGUCUCAGCUAACAAAGAAAGCAGAAACAUUAUCCUGCUGUUACUCAAUUAGGGGGGCUCCUGGCAGUGCCCGACGCAGAUUAUAUGCUCAAAAAAAUAUAUUUAAUACAUGCAAAGUGGUCGAUUUUGGCCAUUUUCCACAGAUCUGUUUUCACUUUGACAUUACAGAGUCUUUGUGUUUGACAGUGUCAAAAAAUGGCAAAUUAAAUGCACUGGGAUUCCGGGUUGUAUAACAAUAAAAUGUGAAAAACUUCCAAGGGGCGAACGUGUUUUACAGGCCGUGUAAUUUCCGGCAUUGCAUCUGGUCCAUCCGUAGCAAGAGCUAAGACUCCUUCGCUGUUGACACAGUUGCUUUCAAUGGGAUCAGAGAGGUCUAAUUUAAGGUGCCAGGUCGUGUUUUUUUGUGAGCGAGUGACUACAGUUUUUCUCGAUCGCUUUGAUGCCAUUCUCGGUGCUCUUAAUGUGAUUCUCAAAACAGUUGAGGUAUUUCUUAUAACACCGACUCGCCACUGCAAAACACACUAAAACAAUCAAAACCUCACAAAGUCGGUCAGUCACUUCAACACUGCGACCAACAAAUAAGAACCUUUCACCACUGUUUUAAGACUGAGACACCAAAUUAUUUUAUACCAGUAACGGCGCACUGCACGAUAACCUGCAGUGAAUCCACUUGACUUGAUCAUUCCUCAUUUUCC